UCUCUCUCAACAGUGUGCCCGAGGGCCGUUGAAAGCCCCCUUGGGGGAGUUUUAUAAACACGCUCUGAACAAGAAGAAACUCCAAGAAUAUUGUUGUUGUUUUCACACAAUUUCUCUCUCACACACACACACACACACACACACACACAUACACAUACACAUACACUCACUUACACUGACGCGCACACACCCACACACACAUACAAGGACAUAAAGAGGAUGUUGGAGGUCCAAGAGGAGAGGCCAGCGGCGGCAGGUACAGCAGCGACACAUUUCAACAAGAAGGAGCGAGGGAAGAAAGAGCGAGAGGAGGCCAAGGACGGUCGGGGAAACCUCUCCAACAUCGGGAAUCCAGUUCCUGGCUCCAGGAACGUGCGCACAAAAGCUCCUCUCUCACACGCAGGCAGUCCUCACCAGCUCAUCACUCCCCCCUGUUCUGUAGUUCUGGGAGCCCCUUCAAUGCACUCCAAUAGGCUAAAGAACUCUCCGUCCACCAACACACAAAGCCCUAAACCCAAGACGGAGGCCAUGGUACGCUCACCUCCCGUUAUGUCCCCCUCCACUGCCACACAGAUGGACUCUAAAAUGCCCAAUCAGAGUAAACCAGGGAGCACUGGCAGCCAAUCACAGCCCUCACCCUGCGACGCCAAGACCCUGGGUGCCAAAGGGACUCAAAAUGUGGCGGGGGGCAUGGGGCUGAAGAACGGGCAGGGCCUGACCUCUGGCCAAAGCUCCAAGGUUAAAGUGAAAAGGGAGAGAAGCACCUCGGUGGAGUCGUUUGAACAGCCGGAGGGCGGCACACCCACUGGUGAGGAAAAAGACAGCAGCAGGGUGAAGAGGAUGUGCGUGGCAGAGAAGAGGCAGCCGUACAGUGGAGCUGACUGGUGCUCCGGGGGAGAGAGUGAUGAAGAUGACAAAGGAUUCUUCAACUGUAACUCCAGUGACCUAAAGCCCCAGGACUCUGUCACACAUUCUACCUCCAACACCGGACUCAGCCGCUCCUCAACACCCUCCCAUAAUGCACUGGGAGGCCAGGGCUCCACCACAGAACCCGCUGGUGGUCAGAAACCGGGCUCAAAACUUGUCUAUGUCUUCACAACUGAAAUGGCUAACAAGGCAGCUGAUGCGGUUUUAACUGGCCAUACAGAAAACAUCAUCGCCUUCCACAUGAAAAACAUCUCCAACAGCAAGGACAAAGCUCACCUCCUCCUGAACAAUGCAGCUAACGCCCUCCGAAAUGACUCCAAGCCUCCCCAGCAGCCCCCAUCCCAUGCCCAAGACCCGAGCCACCAGCCUGGGUCCAAGCAGUCCUUACCUGGCAUGGCAGAGGCGGCUCCAUCCCAGUCUUCAAACCAGGGGGGCCAGUCUGGUGUUCUUCCACAGGAGGGGCCGUCCUCUGCAGGCAUGGAGUCAAAAAAUCUUCCUGGCAGUAGCCCCAGUAACAAUAAUGCCCCGGUUGACCAGGCCCCUGUUACCCAACCUGAGGCAGGCCUCAACCCUCCAACAGCAGCUGAAGGAGGGCAGGGAGGAGGUUCUGGUGGUGCAGGUCUGACACCACAGCAGCAGCAACAGCAGCAGCAGCUGGCCCAGGAGCUGUUAAACAUGGAGGCAAACACAGAGGGUCUUUCUCAAGAACAGUUGGAGCAUCGCCAGCGCUCUCUGCAGACCUUGCGAGAUAUUCAGCGCAUGCUCUUUCCUGAUGAUCGUGAUGCCCCACAACCUGGACCCCCCCAGUCUCAUGGUGGACCCCAUGACGGAGGCCCUGAUGGUGCACCCCGAAGAUCAGAGCAGGGCCCUUUACAAGCUAUGAUGGCGCAGUCUCAGAGCCUCGGACCACCCGGUGGGCCAGGACCACGUCCACAAGGUCCACCAUUCGGCCCACCCCAUGGUCCAAGGGACAUGCCCCCGUUUCCACAAGAUGAAAUGGGCGCACACAUGGGGGGUCCAGGAGGCUGUGGAGAUGGAGAUCAAAUGACCCCGGAGCAGGUAGCGUGGUUGAAGCUGCAGCAGGAGUUUUAUGAAGAGAAGAGGAAGAAACAAGAACUGCAACACCGGCCUCUUCCCCCGGACAUGAUGAUGCACCCCCAUGGUCCACGUGGUAUGAUGCGAGGCCCCCCUCCUCCAUACCAGAUGGGCCCAGGGGAGAUGUGGGGAGGGCCAGGUGGCCCACCAGAGCCCUACCAGGAGCGCAUGGGUAUGGGCCCUGGCCCGGGUCCUGGCCCCGGCCCCGGCCCCAGGGGAAUGCCCCCACAUAUGCAGCGGAUGCCUGGCUUUUCUGGUAUGAUGAAUCCUGAAAUGGAGGGGCCUCCGAGGCCCGGCAUGGGCUGGCCUGAGGACAUGCCACCCAGGAUGGGCGAUGCACGAGGCUUCCCAGGAGGACCUGGGGGCAUGUUUGCUGGUCCUGGUGGGCGAGGUGAGCGUUUCCCAAAUCCUCAAUCUGUGCAAGAAGCAAUGUUUCACCAAGGUAUGGGAGGAGAGAAGGGCCUCCCUCCAGGGAUGAUGAUGGACAUGCAGAGGAUGAUGGGUCACCAAAGAGGAGGAAUGGAACCUGGCAAUGGCAUGGGCAUGUUUCCCAGAAUGCCUGGAGAUGGUCCUAUGAGUCCCUCCUCUAGGCUCCAGGGAAUUGGGGGCAGGGAAAUGGGACCGGAGUUUGGCAUGGGGCCUGGACCUGGCCCUCAUAUGCACCCUUCCAAACUACGCGAUGUCCCCAUGAACAUGAGUCCCGAUGAGAUGAUGAGAAUGCGAGGAGGUGGAGGACCACCGAUGGAGAACAUGGGUCCUCAGGGAAGACCCAUGCAGGGUCCUCCCUUCCCUGAGCAGACACAGCCUGGAGACUUUCCAAUGGGGCCUGGGCGGCCCUUUCCAGGGGGUCCUGGAGGAAUGAGGGGUCCACAUGCAGACCCAUCCUUUGGUCCAGAGCACAGAUCUACACCAACAGGCGGUAAUGGCCGUAUGAACCAUCUUCCCUCUGCUGGUGGACCUCCACAAGGUCAGAGAGGCCGAAAACCAGCAGAUUUGAAUGUCCAAGCAGGAGGGGGGAACUCCCCCAGUGUCAACCCGCUCAAAUCACCUCCUCUGAGGCAAGUGCAGUCCCCCAUGAUGGGUUCUCCGUCUGGAAACCUGAAAUCCCCUCAGACACCGUCCCAGCUGGCUGGCAUGCUCACUGGUCCCACAGGUCCCAAUGCCCCUCCGGCUCCUCCAUCUUCAGCACCCAUGAAGUCCCCCCACUCCAUGAUGGGUUCAGCUGGUGCUUCUCCGGUUCACAUGAGGUCUCCUUCUCUUCCUAACCCCUCUCCGGGAUGGGCUUCCUCUCCAAAACCACCAAUGCAGAGUCCUGGAGUUCCACCUCAGGGUGGCAAGCCACCCCUCAGUAUCACUUCACCAAACAUGAUGGGGGGCAUGGAGCAAGGUGGUAAUGGUCCUCCCUCGGUCCCUCCUUCAUCAGGGGCUCCAUCUGGCUCCAUGUCCCACCCAGGCAAUGUCCCGUCUGGCAGUCCGUACACCAUCCCCCCCGAGCCGACUCUUUCUCAGAAUCCUCUCUCCAUCAUGAUGUCACGCAUGUCCAAAUUUGCAAUGCCCAGCUCCACCCCACUUUACCAUGAUGCCAUAAAGACUGUCGCCAGCUCUGAUGAUGACUCGCCCCCGGCCCGCUCCCCAAACUUGCCAUCAGUGAACAACAAUGGUAUGGCAAUGAACCACCAAGGCAAUCCUCGUAUGAUGGGACCUGGAAACCCCGGACCCAUGUCUGCACUCAGCCCCCUGGGGAUGAAUCCAAUGGGAUCCCAGCCCCUCUCUCACGGUAUGCCCCCUCAGAUGCCCUCUCCAAAUGCCCCAAACAUGGGCCCAGGCAUGAUGCCUCAUGGCAUGAUGAUACCACCAAAUCCUCAAGACCCCGUUAUGGGAAACCCACAAAUGAUGCCCCAGGGACGCAUGGGUUAUCCUCAUCGAGGCCAAGCAUACCCCCUCACCCAGUCCCCCUCCCAGCAAGGACCUUUCUCCCCGCACAAUGGUCCCGGUCCCCAAGGCUUCCCUGGACAUCCGAUGGGCUUCCAGGGAGAGGGAGGGCCUUUGGGCGGAAGGAUGGGGAACAUGCCUCACGGGGGUGGGGGUGAUGGUGGUAUGUGCAAGCCCAACACUCCUGGAGGGCCAGAGUUCAACAACAUGCAAGGUGGAUUCAGCGAUGCAGACCUUCACGAGGUGAUGCGACCGGGAGCGUCGGGCAUUCCUGAGUUUGAUCUGUCCAGGAUAAUCCCGUCAGAGAAGCCCAGCCAGACUCUGUCGUAUUUCCCUCGAGGUGGAGGAGACAACCCCGGGGGGAAACCACCACACCCCUCUGGCUUCCCCAUGCAGGGCAUGAUGGGAGACGGUCCACCGAGGAUGGGAAUGUCCAUGCAGGGGAUGGGGGGGAUGCCAGGGGGCCCUGGUGGGGUAAUGGGUCCCCAAGACAUGCCAAUGGGCAACCCUGGUCACAACUCUAUGCGGCCACCGGGAUUUAUGGGCCAAGGCAUGAUGGGACCCCAGCACCGGAUGAUGUCUCCUGGGGGACCAGGAGGUAUGAUGCAGGGGAGACAAAUGGCCCACCCAGGACCUGGUGGCUCACCUAACAUGAUGAUGUCACUUCAAGGCAUGGGUGGCCCCCCUCAGCAGACAAUGAUGAUGGGGGGUCAGAUGAGGCCGCGUGACAUGGACAUGGGGUUCAGUCCAGGCCCUGGAAUGUUCUGAUUCAACAGAAACCUUGUAUCUAGAAUGUCAUUGGACAGUACAUAGGAGGGAGCAAAGGUGUCAUUUUGUGGAGAACUCUGACGGACUUAAACAAAGGAAGUAUAAUAGUAGAGGAGGAUUUACCCAGAUAUGAACAAAAUGGAGCAUACCAGUCACAAAUAGUAAUGUCCUGUGGGAACUCUUCCAGUGGAGACUCGGGGACAAGCCCAGAUUGGAGUACUUUUGCCACAAGAACAUUGAAUUUUUGACUCAUGAACUUCAGAAUGUAUGAGAUUUGUUGUGCAUCAUUUUUCGCAAAAAAAAAAAAACUGUUCUUGUGUUUUUUUUGAUUAUCUUGACUAUAAAGACGACUUCAACAUCAAAGAGGAAUACAACCUAACAAGUCAGCGUGGAGAUGCUUCAGUAUAUGUCUACUUUUUUCAAAUUAAAACAAAAAAAUCAAAAAAACAAAAUUUGUCACAAAAGUGGUGUGGAACAAGAGAAAGGAAUAAGAAGAAUUUGUGCUUUGUGAAGACUUUAGUGGAACUCCAUUUUGUCUCUCGCUCCAUUGUUUUUGACUGUUUCUGUACAGUAUAUACGUGUGAGAGUGCGUGUGUGUGCUCGACAGACCGUAUGUUUGUGUGGUAUGUAUGUAUGUGUCUGUCUGUAUAGGCAUUCUAUCAGUGACCUCUCAACUCCUCGUACCCAACUUUCAUUGGGGGAGGAACGCCCCCUAAAAAUACUGUACUGUUUACCAUUGGUGGGCUAUUCGAAUUUUAGUCUAUUUUAAUUUCCUUUGUAACUCCAGUGUAUAACAAACCAAACUAUGACCUCAUUAAGAUAAUAGUAUUAUUAAAAAAAGCACAAACAUGGACCGUCUGCAGAGAGCGUCUUCUUUCUCUAUUUUUACCAUUUGAGAGCAACACAUUGUGAGGAUCCGUCUUUCAGGACUCGACUUUGGCCCAGCGUGAUUAAUACUGCUAAUACCCAGAUGUGCUAUGUGUGUUCUUCUUGUUCCUGUUGUGUACCCUGUUUUGUUUUGACUCUUGUUGACUCUGGGUAAUAAUCAUUCCCACAGCAAUAAUCCCCCCCAAAAAGGUCAGCAAAAUGCGACAGGAGUGGCACAGCAGGUAUGCCAGGUAUUAUAGAACUAGAGCUAGGUAGAUCGGGUAAAAAUUUUUAGUAAGACAGGUGUGGUGUCCAAAGAGAGACACGUAAAAUGUAAACACGUACUGCUUACCAUCCAGUUGACUUCCUCUCUUUCUCUAUUGUAUAAGCUUGUCAUGUGUUUCUCCAUUGGCUUUGGUGCAAAAAUAGCCUGCCAGGGCUGUGGUGAUGGACUACAAAUAAAAAGAUAUUGUUUUGGUAUAUA